AUGAUUUCCGACCAAAAACCUCCACUGCCGUCAGCACCAGCACCAGCACUACCCCCAACCGCCACCAUCACCAAUGGCUUCUCGCUAUCCCACGAGGAGUCCGAUGCCCCCGUCCGCGUCCAAGAGCUCAAGCACGACAGCUCUGUCCUCGCACUCGCCGUGUCCGACAAGUAUAUCUUUGCUGGCACCCACGACGGCGAGCUGAUCGUCUGGUCCCUCGGCACCUUUGAGCUCGUGAAGAGGAUACAAGCCCACAAGCGCCAUAUCCUCUGGCUCUUCCUCUCUGGCGCUGCUUCCUCCACCACCCACUCCGACUCGUCCCAGUCCUCUCCCGACUCCACCUCCGCCGACUCCCGGCCUCUCCUGAUAUCCAGUGCCGGCGAUGCCCUCGUCUCGGUCUGGUGCCCCAACACCUUCACCCGCUUGUACGAGAUCUACAGCCUCGACCACGUCGGCGACGUCUUCUCCUGCGCCUACUCCAGCCAGCAGGAUACCGUCUACAUCGGCGCACAGGACCAAUCCAUCCAGUGGGUUAGACUCAACGAUCGCGACCGUCGCGUGCCUCACAACAAUCCAUCCCACCCUGACCAGCGCCACCACCCCUUCUUCGACUCCAAGGCCCCUGGUGGAAUAAGCACACCAAGGAGGAAGGACAAGCGCGAGGAGCUGAUACCCAAGGCUGAGGCGACCCUGGAGAUAGACCGAGGCUCAGUCGGCAAAUUUGCCCACUUUGGCUUCGUCUACUGCAUGAUCAUUGCCAGAGGUCCAACGGUCCUCGUCGAUUCAGACGAGGAGGUGCUGAUCAGCGGUGGCGGUGACGGUAGCAUCAAGCUGUGGCAGAUCAAGCAGGACGACAAGUACGAUGGGCUCGAGGAGUGGGAUGCGUGGGAGAAGCGCGAGAUCAUGUGUCUCCGCGGCGACGACGACGACUUCGGCGAGUCUGUCUUCUCCCUGGCCAUCGAUGGCUCCUUCUUAUAUAGUGGCAAGAAGAAGGGCGUUAUAGAGCUAUGGGAUCUCGACACCAAGCAGAAGCUCAGGGUCAUCAAGGGCCACCGCGGGGACGUCAUGGCCCUACAGCUAUCCUGGGGCUACCUCCUUUCCGGAGCCACCACCGGAUCUGCGGCAAAACAUAGCACCGUCCACUACAGCAAAGACCACUACCCACCACCGUCCUCCGAAAAGGUGAGUCAGAAAUAUCGAUGCCUGAAGAGAUGGACCGCCCAUGGUGGCAAGGUUCUCUCUUCAGCAUGCACCAACUACAACGGAGAUCAACUGUACAUCACCGGUGCCAACGACAACUCCGUCAGCGUGUGGCGCAUCGACGAUGUCUGUGAACAACCCGAAGACGUUACUGGGCAGCCGGAAGACAUGAUGUUUGCCUCUCUACGCGAAUUCGUUUCCUACAAGACUGUCUCAUCCCGGCCCGAAUUCGUUGAGGACUGCCGCAGAGGUGCCAGCUUCUUGUGCAACCUUUUCAAGCGGCUGGGCGCACAAGUACAUAUGCUGUCCAGAGAUGACCAGAUACACAACCCCGUCGUCUGCGCCAUCUUCAGUGGGAAACGAGAGCCCGCUGACCAUCGCAAACGCAUCCUAUUCUAUGGUCACUAUGACGUUGUGCCUGCUGAUCGCAAUGCUGAAAGCAAGUGGACCACGGACCCGUUCCAGGUGGAAGGUGUGAAUGGGUACUGGUACGGUCGCGGUGUGAGCGACAACAAAGGCCCGACCAUGGCUGCGCUUUUUGCUGUGACGGAUCUUCUCCAGGCCAAGCAGCUUGAAAACGAUGUCAUAUUUCUCAUCGAUGGUGAGGAAGAAUCUGGUAGCCGUGGUUUCCAGGAGGCAGUGGCGGAGAACAAGAGCCUCAUCGGAAAGGUCGACUACAUCCUCCUGGCAAACAGCUACUGGCUCGAUGACGAGACCCCAUGUCUGACUUACGGCCUCCGCGGCGUCCUUCAUGCCACAGUCUGCGUCGACAGCAUGUAUCCUGAUCUGCACUCUGGUGUCGACGGCAGCUACAUGGUCGACGAGCCGCUCUCUGACCUGACCCGAUUGUUGUCAACCCUUAAGGGUCCGCGAAACAAAAUCAUGGUCCCUCACUUCUACGAUUCUAUCCUGCCGCUCACCACGGCUGAGGAAGCACGGUAUGAGGACAUUACAAAGAUCCUUAGCCGCCGCAACCCUGAAGCUGGAACAGUCGACCAGCUCAAAGCUGGCCUGAUGGCACGCUGGCGCGAGCCCAACUUGACAAUCCAUAGGUAUAAAGUAUCUGGACUGGACGGCAGUAUCGUCAGCGGCCAUGCCAGUGCCACAAUCAGCUUCCGACUGGUACCCGGUCAAGAAGUAGAUGACAUAAUAGUGGCGCUGAAGGAAUUUUUGGGGGACCAAUUUGCGCAGCUGGACAGCAGGAAUUCCCUAAGCAUAAAAAUCGACAACACGGCUGAGCCAUGGCUGGGUGACCCGAACAAUCAGAUCUUCCAGACUUUAGAGGAAGCCAUCAUCAAGGUGUGGGGACUGAGUGAUUCCACGGGAGAACACACCCGUGUGAAGGAAGCCAGAGAAGAUUCUCUUGAGGCUCAGAAUGGCCGCGGAGAGGAAUCUGAAGGCGAGAACAUCGAUCGUGCCAAUGAGGACACGGAAGAUACUGCACCGCAAGCCGACAAGGCUUCUGAUAGAAAGCUCAAGUCUCCAGAGCCCGGGCUGUACUCCCGCGAGUCAACCUCCACCUUUGGCCCGAUUCCAUCAUUACGCUCUGCAUACGAUUCCAGACCCGAUUCUGACCCAUUCGCUAACCCUGAAUCCGAGUCCGAAUCCGAAUCUGAACCUGAAAACGCAGCCGAAACUCCGCCAGACGCCCCUGUUGUUAGAGGGCGUAAGCCUCUGUAUAUCCGCGAAGGCGGCUCCAUCCCUGCCAUCCGCUUUCUUGAGAAGGAGUUCGGCGCCCCGGCCGCUCAUCUGCCCUGUGGCCAGGCGAGCGACGCGGCGCACCUGGAGAACGAGAGGAUCCGGCUGCUGAACCUCUUGAAGAGUCGCGAGAUCUUUGGGGAGGUAUUCCGGAAGUUAUAA